AUGCCUCUUUUACCUACAGGUGCCUCGUUUUGUAGAGCAAAUUGCACAGUGAUGCGGCAGAUGCGGAUACGAGCGUUGAGUUACUUACACACUGGGGAACGUGUGCGAGGCCUGAGGAGAGACCCGGCAAGCUACUUGGCAAACCCGUACGGGCUGAAAUACGGCUCCGUGGAUAAAGACAGCUACCAGGAUAGGAUAAAGUCCCUGCUACAUUUGAAGGAAUUGGGGAUCGAGCUGGAAGAUUCGCUGAUCUUACAAUGCCUCACGCACAAGUCGUUUGCCCACGGGAUUGUGCCCUACAACGAAAAAUUGAACGUUUUAGGUACACAGUAUCUGAAGUUCAAGCUGGCGUGCUUCUCAGUGGACCCAAAUAAUGCAGAACCGAGCAAGAGUGGUAACAGUGUAUCGUUGGUCAAUGGACGUAACUUCGACAGAUUGGGCUCCAAAUGGAGCAGGAACUUGAUCUCCGAUGGUCUCAUUUACAAGUUUAUCAAGAAAAGUGGGUUACGCAAACUGAUCUUUUGGAAAAUGCGGAACCCGGACGCAUCGUACAUGGAAAACGGUGAACCGAAAAUUUUAUCCACAGCAUUAAACUCUCUUCUGGGGGCCAUGCUGAUAACCAAUGGUCCCGGAAAGACAGACAGGUUUAUCAACGAUUUCUUAUUGAACAGCAAGGAACAGUUGUCCCUGAUUAGCCUGAAGAAGGAAAAGACAUAA